AUGUCACGUCCACAUAAGCACCGAUCAAAACAACGUGCUAGGCAAGAGUAUUUGCCGCUUGAGGAAGACAUGGAAGAUAUCCGAGCCCAGGAAGCCAAACAAGCUGCCGAUGUACUGUAUAGCGGAAGAAACAGGGAUGUUGAAUCAAAUCCUCGACCUCCACCAAUGAGGUCUCUUGCUGACCAAAAGGAGCUCAAGUUUUCCUCAGUUCGUCGUCUAUUCUGUUUAGUGACAUUAUUUGAUUUGCUGUUCAUAUUUCUACUAUGGAUUUUACAUGCUAGCAUUUCAACUCUCGGCUUACAACAAGAAUUUCAUUGUCAAGUCAUCAAUUACUCCUUUGAUACAUCGCUAUUUGAUAUCGUUUUAUUGUCGGCUGGGAGAGCAAUACUUCUGUUAUUGGCAUAUGCCUUAUGUAAAGGCGAUCAUUGGUUUAUGGUGGCAAUAACAACUUUUAUCACGUGUGCUUUUCUGAUAUGCAAAGUUAUACUAUUUAAUUGGAAUCCUUCAAAAGAUGAAGUUCCUAUUGGAUGUCAUAGAAGUAGUGGUAGUGGUCACCCAUUGGACUAUAUAUUGUUUCUAUGUUCAUUUGCUAUGGCUUGGUUCGAAACAUGGUUACUUGACUGGAAAGUGUUGCCUAGGGAACGCAAACUCAAACAUUUUUACAAUGGAAGAACUGGAGAACGUGCACCAUUGAUUGACCCAGAAUAUAGCAGACCACAAUACACUCAUUAUCAUAGACAGUAUGAUCAAUCCGAGCAAGGAUCUACUUUUUAUUCACCGAUCGGAACACCACACAGUAGUGAAAGUGAAAAUGAGUUUGUCAGUGAUGAAGACGAUCAGGGAAUAAAUAACAAGAAAUCUUUUCAUUCUUUGCCAGCAAGUCAGAGUGCCAGUCUCACUAAUUUACUACAUCUCUCACAGCAGGAUCAGGAUUAUGUUUUAAAAGGAAGAGAAGCGAUGGAAGCAAUGGAAAUGAUGUUAAAAACAACUGAGGGUUGGAAAAUGGAAAAAGACAACGGUGCUGGAGUAACGGUGCAAGUAAAAGAGUUUGAAAAAAUUGGAAAAAUUUACAAAAUGGAGGGUCCUGUUGAUAUCGAUGGUAAGUGGUUAUUUGAAGAAUUAUUUUAUAAAAUCGAAGGUUCACCUAAGUGGAAUCCGACAAUAGCGAAGGCUAAGAUUCUACACACCGUGGAUGACUACACUGAUAUUUCUUAUAAUGUAGCCAAGGAAUCAGCGGGUGGUAUUGUCGCUAGCAGGGAUUUUGUUACCGUUCGUCACUGGCAGCUUACCAAUGGUAUGUAUAUAUCUAGUGGACAGGCGGUAACAUAUGCAGAUAUGCCACCUACAAAGGAUGUUGUCAGAGGUGAGAAUGGUCCGGGGGGCUGGGCAAUACAGUUAAUGCCAGGAAAGCAACGCUGCAAGCUGAUCUGGAUACUCAAUACGGAUUUAAAAUUUCAGGGAUGGAUGCCACAGUACAUAAUAGACCAGGCUUUGACGGGAGUACUCGUGGAUAUACAUAAAUAUGUCACAAAGCGUGUGGAAGUCAUUAAAAAUAUACAAAAGACAAUAUGAGACGAUAAAACUUCAAACAUGAAAGAGGCUGAAAUAUUGAGUACAGAUGUGUAUACCCAGGGAGUGUGGGUAGCUGUAAACUCCAGUCACAAUGUAGCCAAGAAACUUUGAUGGAUUUUGUUACAACUGACUUCAGACUGUGUGAUGUUUCAAGUAAUUUUCCAUCAUCUUUUGCAUACAAAAACAUUUUUAUGUACGGUACUCACCAUGUAGGUAGUGAACUGGAUAGGCUACGUAUAAGUGUGACUUCAGACUGUGUGAUGUUUCAAGUAAUUUUCCAUCAUCUUUUGCAUACAAAAACAUUUAUAUGUAGUGAACUGGAUAGGCUACGUACAACAUGUAUAAGUGUGACUUCAGACUGUGGGAUGUUUCAAGUAAUUUUCCAUCAUCUUUUGCAUACAAAAACAUUUAUAUGUAGUGAACUGGAUAGGCUACGUAUAAGUGUGACCGCCUGACAGCUGUCCAAUCAUGACGAGUCACAAAAUAUUUGCUUUUCUACUAAAUCACUGUAUAGAAUAGAAAAUGUUU